AUGUCUGCUCCUCCGCCUGCCAGGCCAGCCGCGAAGGCGGAGGCGCAGAAGCAGAGGCGGAAGGCGCAGAGGAAGGCGCAGAAUGAUCUUUCUGCGAUGCUCUGUGAUGCUCUGCGAAUUCAAGCGAAUCUUGACAGAAAAAAUCUGCUGCCAUCUGCUCUAGGCGGCUUCGACUUGGAAGGAGAACUGGACAUGGACUUGGGCCUGGGCGGAGAUGACGAUGGGGAGGCUGGGUUGGCACUGGCAAGGUGCAUGAACGAUGGUCGCGACUUAUUUAUGCGCAGCUGUCGCAUGGCAUUUUCAUGCAGCGUGUAUCGGUGA